AUGGCAUCAUGCAAUUUCGCUGCCAUCUUUGAAUAUGGAUCAAUGGAUGCAAAGUUGCCUUCUAAAUUUGAAGAGAACUUUCCGCAGCAACAGCAGCAAGGAGAAGAACAGGAAUGUGUAUCUUCAAAUAUGAUCUACUAUGGCUCUUGUCUUGCUUUUGGAGCUUUCUCUGUCAUCCUGGAUCAGAUUGGCAAUGAGCAUGUCUAUCCAGCCGUGCAUGUCUAUCUGGCAUUUUUCUGGUGCAUGGAGCUAAAUAACAACAUGGGACAUAUCAAUUUAGUCAUUCCGUGGAGCAAGAUUGCCACUUUUCUCAACAGAAUGAUCCGCAAUGACACUGAUUUAAGUGUUAUCAAUUGCGACGAAUUUCCUGUUGUUGGGAAUAGGAAGAAUAUGCCAGAGGAUUUUCUCAUUCGUGGCCAGGUCUGGAGUCAGCGUUAUUUCCCUGUCAAUUUCUUCAAAGAUGCCAUACCAGAGGAUGAUGGACGCUUGAUUGAAGUGCCUUCAUUGAGAACUUCCAGGAUAUAUCGGUGCUUGUGGCUAGGGGGGAAACUUGCCAAGUACUUUCUAUAUAGCUCGCGAAGUUUUUCAACAACUCCUUUUGCCCAGGAGCUUGAGAAAGCUGCUCCUCUUGAUCCCUUUGCCACCAACUUGGAUGAAGAAAUCAAGCGUAUGAAUAAAGAUAACUGGUAUUCCACAUGA